GCAAAGUUCUCUCUUUUUUCAAGAUAAAUGCAUUCGUUUUGGUUUGUUAAAAGAUGUUGCCUUUUAAGAGCUUGUCAGUGGUAAAUAAAAGGCAUUUAGUAAAUAUCCCAUGUAACUCAGUGUGACUGGAGACCAAACAGAGCUCUGUUCACAGCCACACAAAGACUCCACUAUGUCUCUACUGUGGAGAUUUCAUGUGUUGUCUUCUCAGUAUGCUGGCCAAAGCCUCAUCAAGCCAGUGUUCUGAGCUCAGUGUGUAUAUGUGUGAGUGAGUGUAUACAGGUGUUCACUCUUUUCUCAUUAAAUGUUAUAAGUAAGCAUCGGGUAAACCAUCAGGCAUACUAAAAAGGACAGACCUUCUGACACAGAAGACAGGAUACAGACCUCCAGCAGUAUCCUUCAUAAUGAGGUGAUACGUACUGAUGGGUGGAGCAGCAGCACAAUAGGACACCUUUGUGUUUGUUCUCACUAGAGGUGUAGCUGUAACCGGUCCCUACUGCCUCCAUUAACUGGCUGAGGUCUGUCACCACAGGAUUAUGGAUGAAUGAAGCAGCUCAUAGAGGUAGUCACAGAAUUGUGUUUUGACUGAUGGCACUGCCUUGGGAAUAAAGCUUAUUUUGUUAAACAAACAAAUGUCAUUCUAAUUUUUGUAAUAGCCUCCCUCACCAUAACUCAUGCAUGUGAAAUAAACACUCUAAUCCAGUCUGGCUGUUUCCAUCCAAUUUGACACCAGCCAUUUGACUUUGCACUGGGAGCAUUUAGCUCUGUAGGGACUAGCGAGCUAUUUGGGAAGAGGGUUGACAGCUAACCAACUGGCCAUGAGGAGCCAUGCCCCGUGAAAGGGACCAAGGGCCUUGUGUGUGAGAUAGAUCGGCAGCCAUGCAGAAUGGAGCAGGCAGCCAUUAGACCCAUUUUUGGAGGGGGGCGUCAGCGGCUCUUGACGAGACACAUUUGAUAUUCAUGUUUUAUGGAGAGCGCUGAUGAAUAAUUGAGUAUUUCUUUCCACCCCGCAGGGCCUCUGUUUUGGCAGUGCACAAAGCAAUGCGGAGCAAAUAAAGAUCGUGGUGACACUGAAACUCGAGAAUUUAGAUAAUGGGCUGUGUGCAAUGCAAGGAUAAAGAAGCAACCAAACUGACGGAGGACCGUGACACUAGCAUCUCGCAGAAUGCCGGCUACCGCUAUGGGGCCGACCCCACACCCCAGCACUACCCCACCGGCUUCGGCGUCACCGCCAUCCCCAAUUACAACAACUUCCAUGCGCCCGGCAGCCAAAGCAUGACCGUCUUUGGAGGGGUGAACUCCUCCUCACACACGGGGACCCUGCGUUCUCGUGGGGGGACAGGCGUCACUCUCUUUGUGGCGCUGUACGACUAUGAGGCUCGCACCGAGGAUGACCUGAGCUUCAGGAAAGGAGAGAAAUUCCAGAUCAUCAACAGCACGGAAGGGGACUGGUGGGACGCGCGCUCUCUCACUACGGGCGGAACCGGCUACAUUCCCAGUAAUUACGUGGCCCCGGUGGACUCCAUCCAAGCCGAAGACUGGUACUUUGGCAAACUGGGCCGGAAAGACGCCGAGAGGCAGCUGCUGUCAGUUGGAAACCCCCGAGGCACCUAUCUCAUCCGAGAGAGUGAAACGACCAAAGGGGCCUUCUCCCUGUCCAUACGGGACUGGGACGACGUCAAAGGAGACCACGUGAAGCAUUACAAGAUCCGCAAGCUGGACAGUGGCGGCUACUACAUCACCACCCGCGCUCAGUUUGAGACGCUGCAGCAGCUGGUGCAGCACUACUCAGAGCGGGCAGCGGGGCUGUGCUGUCGCUUGGUGGUGCCAUGCCACAAAGGAAUGCCCCGCCUCACGGACCUGUCCGUCAAAACCAAAGACGUGUGGGAGAUUCCGCGGGAGUCGCUCCAGCUCAUCAAGCGUCUGGGGAAUGGGCAGUUUGGGGAGGUCUGGAUGGGCACGUGGAACGGCACCACUAAGGUGGCGGUGAAGACCCUGAAGCCGGGCACCAUGUCCCCCGAGUCCUUCCUGGAGGAGGCCCAGAUCAUGAAGAAGCUGCGGCACGACAAGCUGGUGCAGCUCUACGCCGUGGUGUCCGAGGAGCCCAUCUACAUCGUCACGGAGUACAUGGGCCAAGGAAGCCUGCUGGAGUUCUUGAAGGAUGGAGAGGGACGGGGGCUGAAGCUGCCAAACCUGGUCGACAUGGCCGCUCAGGUGGCUGGAGGUAUGGCCUACAUCGAGAGGAUGAACUACAUCCACAGAGACCUGCGCUCGGCCAACAUCCUGGUCGGGGACAACAUGGUGUGCAAGAUCGCUGACUUUGGCCUGGCCCGGCUGAUCGAAGACAAUGAGUACACGGCGAGGCAAGGUGCCAAGUUCCCCAUAAAGUGGACAGCCCCAGAGGCCGCUCUGUAUGGGAAGUUCACCAUCAAGUCAGACGUCUGGUCAUUCGGCAUCCUGCUCACUGAGCUGGUGACCAAAGGACGAGUGCCCUACCCAGGCAUGAACAACCGUGAGGUCCUGGAGCAGGUGGAGCGUGGCUACAGGAUGCCGUGUCCCCAGGACUGCCCCAUCUCUCUGCACGAGCUCAUGCUCCAGUGCUGGAAGAAGGACCCCGAGGAGAGGCCCACCUUCGAGUACCUGCAGGCCUUCCUGGAGGACUACUUCACCGCCACCGAGCCACAGUACCAGCCUGGAGACAACCUCUAAACAGAGCAGCGCUCCCCGCGACCGCAGCAGGCCCACCCGCCUAGGGGACAGGACCCGGGAGGAGGAGGCUGGACUACCAAUCGCCCCAGAACAAUCCCACACCCCUCUCCUCCAACCUGUCAUGCCUGUAGGGACAUGUGUACAGAUUCAGCAGUCCUCCAAACCGCCUCUCCAAUCCAAACUCUCAGCGGUCAGAAUACAGACACACUCACCUGGACACACACACACACACACACACACACACACACAGUCACACUCUAGGUGAAGGACUAUGGACCUGAGAACGCAGGAUGGAUUUUUCAUUUGGCCAUAAGACUGGGGAAGGUGGAGGAUGAGGAUGGGGGUGGGGGAGGGAGGGGAGGGGUGGGGUGGGGUGGACUGGCAAGGCUGUUGGAAUUGGGAGGAUGCAAUGCAAUGCCUGUAUGGAGUGUAAAUAUGAACUGAUUGUUUGCUUAACCUCCGACGUUUUUGUUUUGUUUCGAUUGGCCUGUUUUUAGUUAUUUUAUUGUUUUUGGGUUUCGUUCACCGCCAUGUUCUCUCUGUCAUAAAUCAUUUGUCUCCUGCAAAAUAAUAGUUAUAAUCAUAAUAAAUGAAGUCAUUAAGAUUAAUCAAAAUAACUCAUACAAAAAGCACUGGAGAUAAACAAAAUACUCUGGGUGUUGACCGCACAUAGAAAAACUUAAAAAGCUCUUAUUUCCCUGACUUUUUUGUUUGCUUAACCUCCUACGUUUUUUGUUUUUAUAUAAAUUGGAUGGGAAACUGUCCUCAAAUGGUCCUCAAAUUCCUCUUUUUGGACAGCAAAUGAGUACAAUGGAAGUGCAGAUUCUUGCUUGUAAGCUUACUGUCUCAAUCUAAUACUUCCUUUUAAAAAGCGACCAACUCAUUGACGGGCUUGGGGCAAGCAUGAGGAUAAAACAUGUGUUUGUUUGGCACUGCCUCUGAAGAAGCUAGUUUUAGUUAGCCUAACUUUUUCAUCCAUGUAAAAUAUGUGUCCUCUUCAGAUGUAAUAGUUGUUAGGCUAAUGCUGUAACAGAGUUAUUUUACAAGUAAUUGAUGUUACAUUUUUGUAAUUACAGCCAAACAUGUAAUAAUUAAACUUUUGAACAUAUCUCUUUGCGCUUACAUUACAAGGUGUGAAAAUUUAAAUAAGAAAGUGGCCCAAAAAGACAGAAAUCUCUUUCCAAUACAAGUAUUAAGUGUCAACCAGAGAGACAUGUUUAUUUAAGACGAGAUAGACAUGUCCACAUUUAUUUGACCUUGUAUGCAGAGUAACAUAUAACAGCCAUUCCGUGGGGUCUCAUGUGUCUUGCUCCCUGGGUGUGACGAGUAGUGCUGUGAAGAGAGGUCACUGUUGUCCUCUCUCUCUCUCUCUCUCCCUCUCUCUCUCUCUCUCUCUCUCUCUCCCUCUCUCUCUCUGUGGGGGCAAGAUGUAAGUGGGUAGGUAGGGGAUGGGGGUGAUGAAAGACCCCUUUGCCCUCCCCCAUGUCCCCCCAUGUCCCCUUCAUGUGCACCUCAAUAAUCACUAAUCACUCUGGGCCUGUAUGCACAGCACUUCCAGAACCUUCUGCCAAUCAUGUCUGAACCACGUCCUCGUAGGGACUUUUAUUUUUUUGUCAUUGUUAUAGAUUCUUUUACUGACCUGGAUGUUAUUCAGUCUUAAUUCCUCGUUGUCAUGAUAUAUUUUAUUUAACCAAUAGAAAGAUAAUACGUUGGUUGAGAGUGGUGCAGCAACCAUACAUGUCACAUGUGACCUGGUCUGAGGACAGUUACAAAUCAGGAUAUGUUUCUUAAAAGACAUUUUGUUUUUUCAGUUUUACAUUUUGGUUAUGAAAGAAAUGUCAGUAUUCUUCCUUGUUUCAUUUUCUCCAUUCCCAUUUUUUAACAUGACCAUUUUGGUUAACUCAUUGAUUUGCCAUUUGACAAUAAAAAACAAUAAGCAUUUUA